GGGAACGCAGCGCCUCAUUGUGUGGAUAUGCGGAGAUAGGUGAUGGUUAGAAGAGAUGUGAGUGGCGUCGGCCACAGCUCUCUGAAGCUGUAGGCUUUGGCCGGGAGAGGCGUGCCGCACUCUGCCCCUCUAAACCGAAAACCACCUGUAUGGAUGACCAGACCUUCAGCGCGAUUCAGGCCCGCUCCAGCGCCAGGCACACGGGCAGCAACGCGACUGAGAGCCGGGUUUAUGUUGAGGUGGAAAGGGGCGUCAUGACAGCCGAAAACAUGCUGGAGGAACCAGGGCUGCUGUCGACGCCUCACCUGUCUGGGGAUCGAUACGAGCGCAGUCGGCAGGGAUGCUGCGAGAAGGUGGUCAUUAACAUUUCGGGUUUACGCUUUGAGACGCAACUUAAAACUUUCAACCAGUUCCCAGACACGCUACUGGGGGACCCCAGGAAAAGGAUGCGCUACUUUGACCCACUGAGGAACGAGUACUUUUUCGAUAGGAACAGACCCAGCUUUGAUGCCAUCCUCUACUACUAUCAGUCCGGGGGACGCAUUCGGAGACCUGUUAACGUGCCCAUUGAUAUUUUUUCCGAGGAGAUACGGUUUUAUCAACUCGGAGAGGAGGCAAUGGAGAAAUUCCGUGAUGAUGAAGGCUUUAUAAAAGAAGAGGAGCGCAUACUGCCUAAAAAUGAUUUUCAAAAGCAAGUUUGGCUUUUGUUUGAGUACCCUGAGAGCUCUGGACCAGCGAGGGGGAUAGCUAUAGUUUCAGUGCUUGUUAUUUUGAUCUCAAUUGUUAUAUUCUGCAUGGAGACUCUGCCAGAAUUUAGGGAUGAUAGAGACCCAGUCAAAGUGGAACCCACAGUGAAUGGCACAGCUCCCUACAAGCCAAACCCGUUUACAGACCCUUUCUUUGUGAUCGAGACCCUCUGCAUCAUUUGGUUCUCUUUCGAGUUGCUGGUCAGGUUUUUUGCCUGCCCCAGCAAAACUACCUUCUCUAAAAACAUCAUGAAUAUCAUAGACAUCGUUGCCAUAUUCCCCUACUUCAUCACUUUGGGGACCGAGCUGGCUGAGAAAGAAAACAACGGCGGCCAGCAAGCGAUGUCCCUCGCCAUCCUGAGGGUGAUCAGACUCGUGAGGGUCUUUCGCAUUUUUAAGCUCUCACGUCACUCAAAGGGACUUCAGAUUUUGGGCCAGACACUCAAGGCCAGCAUGAGGGAGCUCGGCUUGCUCAUAUUCUUUCUUUUCAUCGGAGUUAUUCUCUUCUCUAGUGCGGUUUACUUUGCAGAAGCAGACGACCCCUCGUCCAGCUUCACCAGCAUCCCUGAUGCGUUUUGGUGGGCAGUGGUCACAAUGACCACAGUCGGAUAUGGAGACAUGCAUCCGGUGACCAUUGGUGGGAAAAUAGUGGGGUCGCUGUGCGCAAUAGCAGGCGUGCUUACCAUUGCCUUACCCGUGCCAGUGAUUGUGUCCAAUUUCAACUACUUCUAUCACAGGGAGACUGACGGAGAGGAGCACCCGCAGUACGUGCACACCAGCAGCUGCGAGCACCUCCCCUCUGAGGAGCUGAGAAGGUCGUGCAGCUCCUCGUCCCUCAGCAAGUCUGAGUACAUGGUGAUAGAGGAGAGCAUCAACAGCGCCUUCAAACAGCCCAACUUCACCACUGAGAACAACCAGAACUGCGUGAACAUCCAAAAGAUUUUCACAGACGUGUAAAUGAACUCCAGAAAGAAUCAUUUAUGGAGCAUGAAGACAUAGUAGCUAUAAUAUUAUUUUUCUAUAUAGCCUAUAUCCAAUUGUAAUGUGUCAGUCCAUAUCUGUGGAUGAACGUGCGUGAAUGUCCGUUUUAACAACUCUUUUAUUUUUAUGUUUGAUGUAGGCUGACGAGAAAUUGCGCUAAUACGUGUUUCCAGUGUAGAUUCAAACAUUUUGAGUAUUUCUCACAAAUCAAUACGUGUUGAUAUGACCCAACAAAUGUGCACUGGAAUGUUUUUUUGUAUGAACAAGUAAGCGGCUUGUUAAAACCUAUAUUUGUGCAGUGUAUAGUGCCACAUGAUGCCUACAUAUCGUGGUGUUAAUGCAAAAGUUGUUGUGGUUCAUGAUUGGGAUACGUGUAACAUUUAUAGUCUACUAUAUAGCAUUAACCCUCCGUCACAAAAAAGACGUCUUGUGCUUCGUGGAAACAAACGUUUUCAGUGUCCAGUAAUGUAAUGAAUAGAUGAUGGUAUUUAUAUAGCCAGUUGUCUGUUAAGUUUGUAUUUAAUAUCAUAACCUGU